UUUGGCCUUUCAUUGUGCACAGCCAUAUCCUUCAGAUGCAGUCGGAUAUGGUUUUUGAAACAUUUCAUGGACGACGGGUGGAUUAAUAUAAAGCAAGCGGCAUCCUAAAGGCAGUGGAUACAUCUGGCUACAGUGCAGGUCCUCCGUUGCUCAAGCAGAACCCUUUUGGAAGAACCACAAAAGCCAUGAUGCCGCACAGAGCGAGGGCUUUAUGCCUUUUGUUCUGCUUCUCCACCAUGAUCGCCUGUACGAGCUCUCUGUCCUUCAACUUCUCCAGUUUCAAUCAAGACACAAUGUCGAAGAUGACCGUUCAAGGCAACGUAGUCAUCAACGACACCACCAUACUACUCACCAAGGAUGGAGCCAACAUGGCUAGCGUCGGCAGAGUACUGUACAGUGAACCGCUGCUCCUGUGGGAUGCCAAGACGGGAGAACUGACUGAUUUCACUACCCAAUUCGCCUUCCUCAUCCACUCCCACGAGGACAACUAUGCCGACGGCCUCGCGUUCUUCCUCACGGCCAAUUAUUCUUCUUCCGGUACGCCUGUCUAUUCCGAAGGUGGCUACCUCGGCCUCUUCUCCAAUAUAACCAUCAUAAAUUCCACAAUUAACGCCGUGGCCGUAGAGUUCGAUACCUUCUCCAACGAAUGGGAUCCCAAACGCGAACAUCUCGGCAUCGACGUCAAUUCGAUCAAAUCCUCUGCGACCGUGUUGUGGAACGGCAGUGUCAAAGUGGGCAGGCCGGCAAAUGCACGGGUGAGUUACAACGCUAGCACCUAUAACUUGAGUCUCUUCCUGACCUACGAGAGAACAAAUCUGUUACCCAGCAGUAACUACAGCCUACAUUAUAUUGUGGAUCUGCAAAAAGUCCUGCCGGAGAAGGUAGCAGUAGGCUUCUCGGCGACCACAGGCAACUUCACCGAGACGCACAGCAUUCUCUCGUGGUCUUUCAGCUCGAAUCUACAGCCAAAGAAGAAGAAACUGACGGCUAGACUUCUUGCCGGCUUGGUUGUCGUCGGAGUGGUUAUCUUGAUGCUUGUGUCGAUGGUCUUGCUGUGGUUGUAUAAGAAGAUGGAGAACCAUGGUGGGACAGAAACAGAUGCAGAGGACAUGGACUAUGAUGAGACUAUCGAUCAUGAGUUCGAAACCGAGAGAGGGCCAAAGAGGUUUCCUUACAGAGAGCUGGCCGCUGCAACACGGGACUUCUCCGAGGAGAGAAAGUUAGGGGAAGGAGGAUCUGGGUUGGUCUACAAAGGUUACUUGAACCAACCGAAGCUUGAUGUAGCCAUCAAAAGGAUAUCCAAGGGAUCGAAACAGGGAAGAAAGGAGUACAUCUCCGAGGUCAAGGCCAUCAGCCGGCUGAGGCAUCGGAACCUUGUACAGCUGAUCGGCUGGUGCCACAACCGCGGCGAGUUUUUGCUCGUCUAUGAGUUCAUGCCCAAUGGAAGCCUCGACGCCUACCUCUACAGUACCAAGAAGCACCUCGAGUGGUCGGUGAGGCACAAGAUUGUGUUGGGGUUGGCUUCCGCACUGUGUUACCUCCACGAGGAGUGGGAGCAGUGCGUGGUGCACCGCGACAUCAAGACCAACAACAUCAUGUUGGAUUCGGCAUUGAAUGCCAAGCUGGGAGAUUUCGGCCUCGCCAGGCUAGUGGACCAUGACAGUAACCUGCAGACGACGGAUUUAGCAGGGACCAGGGGUUACAUGUCGCCUGAAUACUUCUACACCGGCAAGGCCAGCAAAGAGUCGGAUGUCUACGGCUUCGGAAUCGUGGCGUUGGAGAUCGCGUGCGGGAGAAGGACGAUCGAGCCAAUGGAGCACCCGAACAAGGUGAGGCUAGCCGAGUGGGUGUGGGAGCUCUACGGAAGGCAAACCAUCCUGAAAGCGGCGGACGAGAAGCUAAAAGGCCACUUCGACGAGAAGCAGAUGGAGAGCUUGAUGGUAGUAGGAUUGUGGUGUGCUCAUCCGGACUACAACCUGCGGCCAUCGAUCAAGCAGGCGAUCAGCGCACUGAAUUCGGAGACACCAUUGCCUGUGCUUCCUGCAAGCCGGCCGGUGCUGAGGUACAGCGUGCUUUCCAUGGACGACGCGUCGAUUGCUACUGUAUACAGUGUCAAUGAUUCACCUUCCGACCGUUGUACACAUUCCUGCGAGCGAAGCUCGUCUCCAACUGGACUUUCGAAGUGAGAUUGAUGUGGAACAGGACCAACAUCUGACAUGAAUGUGUGUAUAUUAAGUUAUUUGGACUGGAUUUUCGCGCAUCAUACAAGUUAUCGACAAUAAGAUGUUGAAAUCGAUACUCA